GUAAUCAAGCCGUAUCAACAAGACUGCGGAUAUUGAGAAUUUCAAGUUUAGCCUUUUCUUUCGGGCGUGUGGCUCCAUCGGAAGCGUAUUGAGGCGUUUCACACGAAAACACGGCGAUUCCGCGCAGCUCAGGAGCAAAUCCAGCAUUUCUCCAAAUCUCCAUAGCUCUCUCUCUCUCCCUCUCUUUCUCUCUAUUUCUAUUUCUCAGAUAUGGUUCGGUUCAAAGCGUCUCUGAAGAAAUCUUGAAUCGCGAAGAUCGGAACUUUUUCUCGAGCAUGAAGUGGUCGCCAUGGCAGAGCAUAAAAAGCGGAGGAGAAACGAGGAAGCUCCAGGUGAAGGUGAGCCGAUUGGAGCUUCGAGGUUUCGAGUGUGAACCGGAGGAGAGAGAGAAAGCUGUGGCGCUAGAGGUCAAAUGGAGGGGCCCUAACAAUAACAAGCACGGACUGAAAUUGGUUCCGUUCUUCCACCGGAGAUCGUGGCGGAGGCAGAGGAAUUUCACCGCCAGGAGAUCAGGAUUCUGCCGAGGAGAAGCCGUCGCGUGGGACGAUGAGUUUACAAACAUCUGCGAAUUUCCGUUUGGCUCCGAUUGGAAUUUGGAUUUCAGGCUGUUAUAUGGAGAGAGAGAGGAAUCGGAGAGUAAAAUGGCGGUUGCGGGGAAGGUGUCGACGAAUCUAAGCAGAGACGGCGGAGAGAGUGAGAUUGAGAGAGAGCUUCCUAUGGUGUUCAAAGUCGGUGGCGGGAAUGGGUUGGCGGGAGAAGCUAUGCUGUCGGUCAGUGUGAGCUUUGUGGAAGUGCGAAAUUCAGAGUUCUCAACAGAAAUCGUUCAAUCCUCAAGCGACUACGAUUACGACAGAGAAAGGUUACUGAGCAGGUUGACAUAUUUCAGGAGCUUCAGAAAGAUGGGCAAAUCAGCAGCGAAGGCUACUUCUUCUCCGGAGGAAAACUGUAGCGACACGGACGAUUCGUCUGUGUUUCUCUCUGGUAGGGGUUCUCCGGAGAAUGGCGACUCGGAAUCGUCGCCAAGUCCCGAAACGCCGUCGAUAUUGGUUUGGAAAGAUGGGCUCUUUCCGUGGAAGAAAAGACGGUUAGGUGACUGGAGGAGACGGGUGAAGCCUGGAGGGCAGUUGACUAACUCUACUUCUGGAGUCAACAAUGGGAUUGAUAUUUUUGAACCGGAUUUCCCUGUGGGUCCCUUUCAGAAAGCAGAGUCCAAUGAGUUCUCAAGCGAAUUGGGAUAUGAUUGUCAAGAUUACUGGGACGUAAAGGAAUUAGUGAGCAAAGAUGGGCAAUCCAAGCUGAAAGCAAACUUCCUCUUUGCGCCCUUCGAUCAACUGAGCAAAAGGGCUAGCGGAGCGACUGCCUGCACAGCAAUAUCUGUAGUCAAUGCACACUGGCUCCACAACAACCGAGACCAAAUUCCAACCGGAUCCGAAUUCGGCAGCCUCAUUGUUCAAGGCUCCUUCGAGUGGCGGGGACUUUGUGAGCAAGAGGCUUACCGUAGUCUCUUCCCUGAUAAACAUUUUGACCUCGAAACCGUCCUGCGUGCUGAUAUCAGGCCGCUUGCUGUCCAGCCUGAGAAAUCUUUGAUCGGUUUCUUCAGCCCCGAUAAGUUCGAGACCUUGAAAGGAACCAUGUCGUUCGACCAGAUAUGGGAUGUGAUGAGUGUAGACACCAAUACCGCGGGUUUCGAGCCAAAGAUAUACAUUGUGAGCUGGAAUGACCAUUUCUUUGUGUUGAAGAUGGAAGAAGAUGCUUACUACAUAAUUGAUUCUUUGGGGUUAAGGCUCUAUGCGGGAUGCGACAGGGCCUACAUUCUCAAGUUUGACAAUUCCAGUGUCGUAUAUGGAAAGGAUGAAGAAGUUGAAGGCUCCGAUGAAUUGGCGAAACCGAUUUUCCACGGCAAAGAAUGCUGCAGAGAGUUCAUCAAAAGGUUUUUGGCUGCCCAAACUGUUCAGGAACUUGAAGAGGGAGACAAAAGGGGGAUGGUGUCUGCUUUGACUCUUUACCAGAGGCUUCAGAUUGAGUUCCAUUACACCUCCCGUACUCUUCAUCAGUCGCCAUCUUCUUCUGCAGAUUCUUCCACUCUCUCCCUAUGUUCCAGCGAAGACUCUUCAGAGUAUGAAACUAGCUAAGCUGACCAUGUAAAA